AUGAAGUUCAACCUCCUCCCCGUCUCCCUCCUAGCCACCCUGGCCGCCGCCCACCCCUCCACCAAAAACAGCACCGCGGCCAUCACCCACCCCGGCACCAACACCUCCACCACCUCCCCCGCCGCAAACCCCGGCCGCGCCAUCGUACAAAACAACUGCGCGGAGCCCAUCUACCUCUGGUCCGUCGGCAGCGGCGUCAGCGUGGAGAUUCCCAUCCCGGACGGCGCACACUACAGCGAGACAUUCCGGCAUGACCAGAAGACCGGCGGGGUCAGUCUGAAGGUGACGACGGUGGCGCACGGGCUGUACAGCAGUGCGCCGCAGACGGUGUUUGCGUAUAAUGUGGUGGGAGAGUCGGUGUGGUAUGAUCUGUCGGAUGUGUUUGGGGAUCCGUUCAAGGGGUCCUCGGUUACGCUGUUGCCCAGUGAGCCGGUUAUUCGGUGGAGUGAUGGGGUGCCGCCUGUUGGGAGUAUGGUUAGGGUUGUGGGGGUGGACCAGGAUUUGAGGUUGACAUUCUGUUAGUUAGUAGUAUGAUUGGGGAUGUUAGUGUGGUUAGUGAGUAGGUGGAAUUGUGGAGGAUGUUAUUGACGUUGAAGGAUUGAUGUUAUGAUAUGAUGAAUAAGUAGAAUGAAUAACCUCGGACUUCUGGCCGACCUUCCUGAUGGGGAAUCCCCGCACUUUGUCCCAC